AUGGGCCCCACAAAGCCGAAUCCUCGAACGGUGCUCUUCCUGAAGGAAUAUGUGGAGGAAAGGAUGGUGGCCAUAUGCAAAGAGAACAACAUCGGCCCGAAGAAGCUUGCUCGCUGCUUGAAGCGUGGCAUUGUGCCCAUCAACUUUAGCUUCGUGGACUUGGGUGCUCAGUCCCGGGGCAUCACAGAAGCACUGUGCGAUUUGGCGGUGGACUAUGGCAUAGUGUCGAAGAAGAUGCCAAAGCCGAUUGGGCCAAUACCGAAGGAUGCCUGCAUCGGACCUGGCCACCAAAAGAUGCUCAUGCUCAAGGAGAUUGUGCGACGUGGCCAAGCAUCGCCAAAAAGCUCCUCGCUUGCUGCGGACAGCUAUGCCUUGGAUACCGAUGAGACUCAGGUCGUGCAGGGCAGCUUGGCUUGUGAGCAGCGGGAAAUGGUUCUGUGGCCUGGCUUUGCUUUCAAUUUCUCAGGACCUACUGAUGAUGACGAUGUUAUUCUGGUGGAGCCCCACAGGAACCCCCUGCAGGAAAUCGAGAUCUCAGAGGACGAGGAGGACACACAGGCUAGUGGUGCCAUGGCGAUGACUGAUACGCAAGAAAUUGUGGUGGCAGCAGAGCUGCCUGGUUCCACGGCCAGCAAAGUCUCCAACACCAUCCCCGGCAAGAUCAUCUUCAAAAAAAAAGAGGAAGCGCAGGAGAUGAGCCAGAAUGAAGAGGAUGAGCAGGCCUGGUGGUUGAAGCAGACCCCGAAGACAAGUGUUCCAGAGGUAUCAGCUGCCUCCCCGGUGUCAAAGACAGCAGCCGAAAAGACGAAGAAGCCAAAGACCCCCAUCAAAAGUCCGGAUCCAGAGGCCUCCCCCGUGGCAAAGACCUCUGCCAAAAAGAGGAAGAAGCAAAAGACCCCAAUCAAAAGUCCGGAUCCAGAGGCAGUUCGAAGGGGCAGCCCAGAUGUGUUCAGCCAGCCGAUCUUUCCGCAAGAGGGUGAGGAGAUCGAGAUAGAUGCAUCUCCAGAAAAUUACAAGGAUGAUGGGAGGCUGCCGCUGACGGCGAUACCAUGGCCAGUGUGGUCGACGACAGCAGAUGCCUUGCAGGCCGAAGCCGAUCGAUUGAUCCAUGAUCUCGAAGCGAAGACAGGCCCCUUGGAUGCCAAUCUUCUGCAGGCUCAACGGAAGCUUCGCAAAGAUGCACGGGAGGGUAACGAUGGAACAGGAGAGGAGGAGGAGGAAAAGGAGGCGAAGCCCACCAAAAGCAAGCCUAAGGCCAAGAGCAAAGCCAAAGCAAAAGCAAAGAGCAAAGCGGUACCCGAGGUUAAAGAAAGCAAGGAAGAUGUUUUGUCUGAGGCUGAAGAGCUAGAUCGCGAAGAGUAUGCAAUCAAGAACCAGCUCCGACAGGAAGACGAUGAAGAUGCCCAGCAGGGGAAGCAGACGGCAGCAAACAAGAAGAAAGGAAAGAAGAAGAAAAAAAAGCAAGCAGCAGCCGCGGCAGAGCAUGAUGCACCAGUGUGUGGGAAGGAGGAUGAUGCCGCUGAAGAGGUACCUCUCAAAGGUGUGAAGCGCCGGCUGGACUUCGAAGCAUGCUUGGAGCCAUCCGUGUCGAAUGGCAUGGAGGAAGCCAGUGGGGCUUCUGCUGCUGUGGGCAGAGCGAAGAAGAAGUUGAAGAGAAAAAUCAGAAAGAAGGGCCUUAGGAAGGCCGAGCAGGAUGUGGCAAGGACCCCAGCGAAGGAGAAGGAAAAACAUGAGGAGGCUGCUGAUGAUGAGCGCAAGGCUGAUGAGGCAAAGAAGAAGGCCAAGAAGUUUGACGACACCAACCCAAUGUCCAAGUCAAGACAGCAGCUGGAGGCCAAGAAAGACUCCAUUAUCAAGGACCUCCAGCAGUUGCGGGUAUUGGACAAUGCCAUGGUGCUGCCGACAGACUUCAAAGACAUUGCGUCCUUCACGAUCAAUCCUUCCCCGAAGGUGAAGGAGCAGGAGGGUGCUGCUGGUUCGACCUCCAUCGGGGUGCUGUCUGGUUGCUUUUAUGUGAAGCCGGUUCCAAAAGCUCGGCUCGAAGCCAUCAACCUGCACAGCCCUGCGGAACACAAGCUGAAGGCUAACAACAGCGACGGGGUGAAUGUCUCCUGGAACAAAGGAAAUUUGGGUGAUCUCCAGGACUGGAAGCAGGCUACUGAAGAAGACCCAGGAGUAUCCGCGGAAGUUUUGCAAGACAAUAUUGAGCAGAAUUCCGAGAUCAUUCACAAGAAGCUGGACUCUGGGCCACGACUGCUCUUGCAGCAGGGGAAGGCCAGCGAGGCAAAGCCAGCAGCAGUCAAGAAGGAGAUGAAGACACCGGCACGUGCAUGCAAGGUGGAGCACAAAAGCCCUGCGCCCGGGUUGAAGGAUGCUGCGGCUCCAGCAGCUGAGGAGGAGGAACAGGAGCAGAAGUGCGAGCCCAGCAAAGCAGGACAAGACACCGCUGAAGCAGCGGAGCAAAACACUGCCAAGUCCAGAAAAGCGUACAGAAGCUUCGGAUCGAACCUCGACACCCACGACAGACCGCAGCAAGAGGCCAAGUCCACAAAAGCCCGCAGAAGCUUCGAGCCGAACCACGACACCCAAGACAGACCGCAGCAAGAAGCCAAGUCCAAAAAAGUCCGCAACCAAGACCAGUACACCGAGUUCAACCCCCCGCAGUAUUGGAAAGCGCCGCCACAGCCGCACACCGAAGUCGCCUUCGAAGGUCGAGACGAGCCCAGAGGAGCCAUCGCAGAAGCUGAGCAGGAGCAGCACAGCAGCUCGACGUGGUCUGAUGCUUCCUGGGCGAGGCCAUGGACCCGUGAGGACUGGUGGAGCUCGGGUUGGGAUGAUCAGUGGUCGUCCUGGUCUUGGGGCCGGGAUGACUCAUCGUGGUCUAGCUGGCCUAGCUCUGGUGAUGAUGACAAAUGGAAGAAGCCACGGUGUACUGAUGAUGAUGCUGCUGUGCCUAAGGAUGAAUCAGCAAAGAGUGCUGCUGAUCGAGUGCAAGCACUACUGCAAAGGGGGCACACCAUCGACCAGCUCAGCACUGAGGACUUGAAGCAAAUUGUUCAGCAAAUCGACAAGUCGAAGCAAGGUGCUGCAGAUGGUCAGGCUGAAAAGCCAAAGACAGGUGAUGCAGAGAACAAAGAGCAGGGUGAAGGUAAGGAGGAGAAGGAAGGAAAACGCAAGGAUGAAACAAAAGAGGAGAGGCGAAAACGGCUACAUGCUCGCAACAUGCGCUACUACCGGAGUUUCGAAAGUGCAAUGUGCCCGCGCGAAAUCAGCAAGUUGUCCAAGAAAGCCAGCGACGAUGCUGGCAUGCGCUCCUACCUCUUCGAGUCAUGGCUCAGUUCGGGUGAGAACUGGCACAAGAGUUCCCUCCUGUCUCGUUUGCGGAGCAAAAAGAGCGCGACAGCUCGAGGCUUCAGGAAGUGGAUGUUGCGGAAAGAAAUGGUUGAGAAGUGGGGCGAGGAGAUGGCCGAUGACAUGAUCGAAGCGAAAAUGACAUGCGAGGAAAAGAGAAUGACGGAGAUUCGCAAUUGGCCGGAAUGCCCAAAGCGAGAAGUGAAGCAAUACCUCUGCCUUUUCGAGGAUAGUGCCGAGGAUGUUGACCACACCGAGCUGGAGAUGGAGCUCAGCCCAGAGGAGGAGCAAGCGCAGGAGGUGAAGGCGAAUGCGAGCAAGGCCUAUUAA